CGUGGAGCGCUUCGUGGCGCUGGGGCUGCGCUUCGGCCAGGGCGACGAGGUGGAAGAUCCUGUAGGAUAGCAGCCUUCUUAUUUCUCCAUCCGUUCCCAUGGCAGAUCCAGACGCUGAGCAGUAAAACUAAUGAGUUCCAUGAAUCUUUGACUUUUGUCCUGAGUUUGGAGGUGGAAAAACUGGCUAAAUACUUGGACCCAAAUGACCUGGGGAGAAUCAACUUUAAGGAUUUCUGCCAUGGUGUUUUUGCUAUUAAAGGCUGUGAAGAGCUGCUGAAGGAUGUGCUGUCGGUUGACAAUCCUGGGCCUCAGCAGUAUGAGCCGCAGUAUGUGGAUUACUACUACCAGGAUAGUGAACUUCACGACUGUGCCUAUUUGGACAGUGAAAGUGCAUACAGUGAGGCAGAGCUCUUUCCUGAUGAAGACACGAUGACGCUGGCACAGCAGGAAAUUCACCAUGAGUCUGACAUGGACAGUGCCAUUGAGAGUGCCCAGAGCUCGGAAGCAUCUGACGUGUGCAGAAGUGAAGAGAAGGAUGGCGUGCUCGGAGGCCUGUUCCUGCCUGGAGACAAGUCAAGUCCUCACAACCCUUCUGCAGCUUCUGACCUCUCCACCUACUCCACUGCCUCCCUGAUCAGCAAUGAGGAACAGUUUGAAGACUAUGGGGAGGGAGAUGAUGUGGACUUCACUCCCAGCAGCCCGUGUCCUGAUGAUGAGACCAGAACCAAUGCCUACUCUGACUUAGGCUCAUCUGUGUCUUCCAGUGCUGGCCAAACACCAAGGAAAAUGAGGCACAUUUAUAACAGUGAGUUACUGGAUGUCUACUGCUCUCAGUGCUGCAAAAAAAUAAACCUACUCAAUGACUUGGAAGCCCGGCUGAAAAACUUGAAAGCAAACAGCCCCAAUAGAAAAAUAUCAAGCACAGCUUUUGGAAGACAACUCUUCCACAACAGUAACUUCAGCAGCAGCAACGGCAGCACAGAAGACCUAUUCAGAGAUAGCAUAGACUCUUGUGAUAACGAUAUCACUGAAAAGGUAACGUAUUUAGAAAAGAAGGUGACAGAACUGGAGAACGACAGCAUGACAAAUGGAGACCUGAAGAGCAAAUUGAAGCAGGAGAACACACAGCUAGUUCACAGAGUUCACGAACUAGAAGAGCUGUUGAAAGACCAGGAGACAUCAGCAGAACAAACCCUGGAGGAAGAGGUGAAGAGGCAUAGAGAAGCAUAUAGCAAAUACGAAAAAGAGAAGGGCACUGAAAUUGAGCUGCUGAACACGAGGGUGCAACAACUUGAAGAGGAAAAUGGUGAACUUAAAAGUGCGGUCACGCGGCUGAAAUCACAGACGGAGAGACUUGAUGAGGAGCGGCAACGUAUGUCGGACAGGUUGGAAGACACCAGUUUGCGGCUGAAGGACGAGAUGGAUUUGUACAAAAGGAUGAUGGACAAACUACGGCAGAACAGAUUACAGUUUAAUAAGGAGAGGGAAGCUACUCAGGAGCUGAUUGAGGACUUGCGGAAGGAACUGGAGCACCUACAGCUGUAUAAGCUAGAGUGUGAGCGUCCCGGCCGUGGUAGAAGCUCUUCAACUAGCGUGAGUGAAUUCAAUGCGAAGACAAGGGAAGUCGAAAUGGAACAUGAAAUUAAACGGCUGAAGCAGGAAAAUCAGAAACUUCGUGACCAGAAUGAUGAUCUUAACGGACAGAUCCUAAGUCUUAGUCUUUACGAAGCUAAGAAUCUGUUUGCAACACAGACAAAAGCCCAGUCCUUGGCUGCUGAAAUAGACUCUGCAUCAAGAGAUGAGCUCAUGGAAGCUCUUAAAGAACAGGAGGAGAUAAACUACAGAUUGCGACAGUAUAUGGACAAGAUCAUCCUGGCCAUCCUUGACCACAACCCCUCUAUCUUGGAAAUAAAAAAUUAAAGGAAAGAGCAGCAACUGCCUGAUAUUUCUGCACAUGCCACUGGAUCUAAGCAUCACUCUGAUACUGUAAAUUAAUUUAUAAAUAUAUAUAUAUAUGUGUGUGUGUGUGUGUGUGUGAGUGCGUGGGUGUGUUUAUAUGAUGUUUGGUACACUGUUAUCUGUGUCAAAAUUGGCUCAAUUAGUAUUUCCAUGCACUUUCAAUACCUGUGAUGAGAUUGAUACUGUAUAUUAAUGUAAUAACAAUAUGACUGGAUCACGUUGUUUUAGAUACUGGACAAAAUGAUUCUACCUCUAGUUGUAAAGGUAAAAGACAAUGGAAACAUAUGGAUGUCCCUGUAAGAACAAAGAAUUGCUCUCUCGUUCUUCCAGAAAGUUGGGUACCCCCAAAAAUGCAACAUAUCCAGGUUCAAUAUCUGACUGGUGCUGACUCUGUCAUUCUCUGUUGAAUUUAAUUUUGCUGGAGCCUUCCUUUUGAGACCACAAGAGGUCAAAACAGGCCUUUGGCAAAAUCUGUCCCUUUUAUUUUUAAGUAAUGAAUGUACAUAUAUGAUGUGAAAAGGGUAAAAGCCCACUGCAGAAAUGUUAGUACCCAUGUAGGCUCACUGUCCACGUGUUUGCCACUGUCUGUACAAAGUGCUUUUAAAAUAGUUCAUGCAUUGGAUUUUAGGAUAUCCUUUGGGAUGAUUGCCAGCCUGUUGUGUAGAGUGAGUGCAUGCAUGUGUGUUUGUUAUGCCGGGGUCCCUGAAGUGCUAAGGCUGAGAAGCUGUCUGAAGUAUAUACCCCUAUUUUCAGGGAGGGGUUUCACUGGGCCCUUCAAACUUUAUUCUGGGAUCCUGCUCUUUUGCAUUUUAAAGUUUAAAUUAUGGGCACAUUCUGUUUCUUAUUUAAAAAAUAAGAGGAAAAUGUAUAUUUUAGUGACUAUAACAAUCCACUUAAUGUUUCCAAAAACAUGUUAACCUAAGCAAUUAGCUAAGGUUUUUUCCCCACUCCCCAGAUAUAUGGUGUGGCACCCAUCAGAGGAGGCAUUUGUGGGUGGUCUGUGGUGGGAGAGACUGGCACCCUACCGCUAUCUUAUGCAGACCAGUUAAGCCUUGAUAUAAAAUAGAAUCACCUUGGGGCGGUUAAGAGUAACAGGUGCGUUUAUAAAACUUCUUGAAUAUAGAGUUCAUUAACUAUGAUAGGUAUCUUUCCCUCCCCAACCACUGCUGUUUCACACUCCACAGUCAUCCACCCUAGGAUGACAUCCUGUCCAUGCACGUGCACAUAUGGAUAUGCUCUAGAUCUGAAAGACAUCCUGAUCAAGGUGAGCAUUUAUGCAGGUGCGGAACUUUGUGAGAGUUUAACACCCAUUGAAUUCAGUGGGACCUAAACAUAUGGCUAAAGUUAAGCACAUGCUUGAGUUUUGCCUUGAAUAAAGAUGGGCUUAGACAUAUGUUUAUGUGGUCUCCUGAACUGGGUCCAUGUACUGUAGAAAUUGGACUUUUUUUUUAAUUAAAUAAUCAAAAAAUCAAAAUCAAGGUGGGGAAUUGGUAGUACUUAUUUACAUGUUACAGUUUUAUUCCAAGCACUAAAAGUAUUUUUAAAAAAAAAAAAAAAAGAAAAAGAAAUAAUUGCUCACUAUUUUGAUCCACAGCAACAGGCAAAAGCAAGGGAACUUGAUUAUGGAGAAAUAGACCCAAAUAUCUGAGUUUCUCUAAGUAUGAGAUGGUUCCAUGAUAACUAUUUUAAUAUACUUCUCAGAAGAAUGUUUCUAUAGAUAUGAUUGUGCUAUUCUGUGUAUUGCUUGCUCUCGGCAAUGUCUCACACCCACCAUGCUUUGUAUGUAUUUUUGCGUGUGUAUGUGAUACAUUUUUCCUUAACUGAAUACGUGAUUUCCGUGUUCGGAUUAUGGAUGUAAAUAUAUAUAUAUAUUUUUCAGCAGUCCCUGUACUCUUGCCUUCAAUGACGUCUUGUUGGAAUAACGGGAGACUGGGUGGGAGCACUGAAAAUGGGCUUUCUUGAAGGCAACUUUGCAUCAGGAAACUGCUUUUAUCAGCCAGGUGUAGUGCUCUAGAAGGGUAACCACGGAAAACAAAAUCAUUUUUGCAACCCUGGAUGCACCUACUGGGCCCAUCUGCACUGGACAGAUGUCAUUGUGGCAUUUAACUUUAUUUAAACAUGUAGGGCCAGAUUGUGAGUAGUCAAGAGCGGGAAGAAAAGAACUUGGAGCUGUCCCUCUGCCUGUGUACCCACAAGAGGCCAAACUGGAGUCUGGAGUAAUAUAAAACACCCUAUGGGCUACGCUAAAUUGUAUCAUCUCCUCCAGGUCUGUAUUUGGAGGGGAACAGGUAGCGCACAGUGCACCCCCAUGUACCGUACAUGGAGGGUAGAUGUGGUAUUGGGGAGGGAAGAUCUAGAUAGCUAUGCUAGCUAUACACUAUCUACACAUUUCCCCUCUGAGAACCUGCAGCUGCCUGUUCAUGCUGGAGAGCCCAGCUGCCUCUGAGUCCAUGCCAAGGCUUUGGCCCUUGUCAUAGGCCUGGACUGUUGUUUAAAAUCCUGCCACCUGGUCACCACUUGCUCUUGGUCUACCUACACGGAGCUGUAGUUUAGAUUAGCCCCAACCCCUAGAUACAAGAUGAGACGUGAUCAUACUUGCCUGCAGGGAAUGCCAAGUUGUUUCCAGCCCGUUCUCACGCUGUGAAAUCUGUUGAUGCGGAUGAGCCUGUUGCUGACUCAGAUGAGCAACGGUUAUGUUCUUUGUCCAGAAAAGACGUGGGUGUUCCCCUGAGCCAGCUCUAGAAGCUGUCUUCAUCAUGGAGGGAGUUGUUUUUAGUAUAAUGCUAAAACUAGUUACGAGGGCAGCAUGAUGCUGAAGGCACUGGAUAGUUUCUUGGGAGUAGAAAGCAUGUGAGAUUUUUGGGGGGGAUUGGUGCAGGAAAAAAGGACUGAAUCGGGCACUUCAGGCUCUGACCCUGUUUUCAGUGAAGCCAGUAACAAAGCUCCUAUGGACUUCAGUGGAUGCAGGAUCAAGCCCUACAUAAUUUGGGUCAAAUCCACCUUUGUGCAGACAUCCCCCAUCGGUGAUGAGUAGGCUGCAAGUUUCAUUUUAGUCUUAAAAUUGCACUUAGGCUGAGUAUGGAAGGGAUGAAUUUCAUGCUUAAGGGCAGUUGUUUUUUUUUCAAAAGCUUCCAGCAGUUUAGAUCAAAGCAGUUGGUUGCUGAACACUUAAAGAAUCUGUCCCUCAGCCCACAGGAUUUCUGUUCUCAGACACAGUUUAUAUUACUGCUGCCUGAGGAGGCUAACGCUAGGCCCUUGGCAUGGAAUCACCUUGUAUUUGUAGUUUGCAUAUUCCUUAUGUGGGUUGAAAAAUGAGCAAUAUGUUAAAUGCCUUCAUCUGGGAAGGAAGCAAAGGCAAUCUUCUCUAAGGCAGCACGAUUACAAAAAAAAACAUAUUGUAGCUGAGAUUCGGGUUUUUAGACUUGAGUCUAAUAUUAGAUCUACGGUCGCUAGUAGCACUUAAGAAACCAAGUUGUCUUGCUAUGCAAGCCAGGGGACAAAAAGAGUCUCUUGUGUAUCUGGUGCAAAGUUAUAUUGUUAUCUUGGAUGACACCUAAUGGGGAAAAUCUGAGGUUGAUUUUUGAAUUAUAGGGGCAGAUUCUCUGUUAUGUCCAAAAGCUACAGUGAAAGACCAGGUAGGGGGAAGGGAGACCGGUUUCAGUUCUGUUGCUCUGACUUGCUGCACGCUUUGCCCUCUCUAGACCAGAAUACAGGUCAGGAGAAGUCCCAGCCAGGGAAAUGCAGGCAGUUUCUGCUUCCUUUUUUUGCUGCUUGACUUCGUGCUGUGUGUGUGGAUCUGGCCUGAAUUUUACAAACAGUUUUAGCUUUUACACACUUGAGUACAUGUAACUACUUGCACGAGUGUUCCCAUUUGAGUCCAAUGGGAGUGGUCACCGGAGUGAAGGUGCUGCUGCGAGUCUGGGAAUGAGUUCUGCGUGGAAGAGUUACCAGUGGUAUCUGGCUUUACCUGCCUGGGUUAAUUUACUUCAAUUGGAGUUUGAAAUAAUUUAUCCAGUGUUUUAAUGUUAUCUCGAUGUUCUAGCAACACCCAAAUGCAAUGACCGUUCUUCCUACACUGGAAACAAGCUUUUUGCUUGCCUCUGAUAACCUAAAUUCAGUUCAACAUAUUAUAUCUGUAUUCAUUUGCUCCUUAAAAGGAGCAAGUUAUUUAAUUUCAGGUUCUGAAACUCUGAAGUAAUAUAGUGAUUCAUAAUUAAAUUGACUACAAAGUUGGUUGUUUUUUUUUCCUGUUUGCAUAGUUAGGAGGGUGGGGAAGGACAGCUUACUUCUUUUUCAGAAGUUGCAUUGUCAGUAUAAUAUUAAGCAGACUACUGUGGGAGAAGAAAAAAUUCCUCUUGUUUCCAAGUAGUUGAAGCCAAUCCUCAAAGCCCUUCCCGAUGUCAGUACGUGCGCUGGGAAUGCCAGUCCUCAGCUGAUGCGUAGCUCUGAUUUCUAAAUUUCUGGCACGUGGUCUUGUACUGACAUGUGAAAAGAGCAUGCUUUUCAUGCAUUUGGAAUCACUUCAGUUGCCUUUUACUUAUGAAGCUGAAGACCAGCGCUGUUUGGAAACUCAUUUAGAGAAGAGCUGACAUUUAUUGACAAACUAUUAUCUAUCCCCUCAGGGGUUUUUUCCUAACCUAAUCUGUACUGGUCAAAUGAAUUCCAACCAAAUGACCUAUGUUCUUUGACCACCACAUUUUCCACUUUUUGUUUUCUUUUGCAGCUGGGGGGAAAAUUCUGAUGUUUUUCUGUCAUCUAUAUGGAAGAAUCAAUAUAGCUUCAUUAAUUUACCUAGGAUGCUAAUGAAAGAUGUAAGGCUAAAUCUUCUGCCGGUGUGACAUGCUGUAGCUCCAUUUCCAAGUCAUGGGAGCUGUGUUAAUGUAGGCUAGCAAAAAAACUGGCCCAUCACAUUUGGGUUUUGUAAACCUGUUAGUAAUUUGGGACACCGAGGCUAAUGUACAUAUAAUGAUUAUGCCCUGUAAUGACAGUGAUGCAGUUGGGCAACUGUAUUGGUAAGACAAGUCACUGUUAAAUGAUCUCCAAGUCAUAGUUGUAGUAGUCAGUUGUAAAAUUAAGGCAUAUUUGAAUUUUAAAAUGAGUGAAUACAUUGAUGUUUCAGUUUUAAGUGUCAGAGAAUAUUAGGGGUUAUUUUUUAUCUUUUUGAACAAGGGCAGGGAAAACUUACUACGUUAGAGGUUCUGUCAAGGAAGUUGGAGUCGGGUGAUGUGAUCAAACUCCUGUUAAGUCAAUGGUGAGACUUGGGUUGAUUUCAGUGGGACCGGGUCAGGCUUUCUAUGAGCAGUUACUUGAUAGCUUCUAGUGUAAGUAAUAUCGGUCAUCUGUGUAUCAAGUGUCAUCACUGUACUUGCUCAAGGAAAGUCAUCAAAAGGGCACAGGAGAAACAGCUGGAUGUGAAGGUUGUUAGAAUUUCACUCCUUUGGUCCUGCAUGCUUUUUCAAGACUUGUUUUAGUACAAAAAUCUUGAUCCCAACAACAGUCCACUUUUUGAACCACACAGCAAGCCUGCUGCUUUUCUCUUUCUCUUUUUUUUUUAAUGAAACAAGACACGCAUGUGUAGAGAUUGAGAUGGAUUACUGCAUGCAUUUGGUUUGAAUUCUAGAUUCCUUACCUAGAAUAUUCCUGUUCUACCUGUGCUCUUUGGAGCAUUUUUAAAAAAUAUUUGUGUUUGCUUUAUAAUAAGACCAUGUAAUUUCAAUGGACCACCUAUAAAUGUAACAGUUUGGUGAGAUAACUAAAGACUGUGUGCGCCCAGCAAGGAAGGUGGCUGAAUUUUCUUGUGGGCUCACAAUUAGUUGGGUUUAUAUUUUUAGUUUGCAACUAUUAGAGCUGGUUAAAAAAAAAUCCUUCAGAAUAUUUUAAAGGAAAAUGGCCUUUUAACUUUAGAAACUUAAAAAAAAAAAAAUCUCCUCCUUGCACCCCCAACCCUACUCCUAUUUCCACUUUACCACCAGAAAAGAAGAACAAAAGUGAUAAUUUGUGGUCACUCAGUUUUCUAAAUCAAAUACUGGCAUAUCUGAUUCAAAACGUAUCUGGGAACAAAUUGAAGUUUGCAGAUGGUUGAGAGAGCACAAGGGCCCUUAGCCCAGAGUUGCUGAAUUUGUGAUGGUUUGUGCAUGUUAUUAGUGGUUUGUUUGGGGAGGUUUUUGGCACGGAUUUAUAGUUCUAGGAAAGUACUAGAAUGGCUUGAAUCUCAUUCUUUUGAGCCCUGGAUAUCCAAGGAAUGCAGAGUUGGCCCCUAACCUUUAGGGGAGCGGUGCUUCAAAAUACUUGGCUACCUGCCCGAUGUUUCUCAACCACGAUGUGGAGCAACCAUCUCUGGGACUGAGAAGGUGGUUUGUUCUCUGCACACAUUCAGAUUAGUAAAUUUGGCACUUUUUUUUUUUUUUUUUUUGCAAUUGGUCCUAUAUCUUCGGGAGUUUUUGAUGGGCUUCCCCUGUAGAGUUCCCGCACUGUUUAGCUCGGCACGUGAUGGCAAACGUGGGGACAGCUGGGGAGACUGGAUGUUUGGCUUUGGACCACUAUCUUGACUCAUCCCGCUCAUGGCAAGUUCGGAUGAUAUGGUGCUUGAAACUCCAGCUACCCCCACUAUUUUGCGUCCCCUCCUGUGAUAGCAGGUGGAGCAGAACCAGAAUGAGCAUCAGCAAGUGGAGAUUUUAAUCUAGUAGAGGGAAGGGCUGAGUGGCCCUAUUUUCACUGACCAAGGACAGAGCAUUAGCAUAAGCUGGUCCAAAAAUGGAUCGGGGAGGGGACAUCCCAAGGUCUUGCUAAUGUUUCUACACAAUGUUUUCCAAAUUGUAGAGUUUUGACAAUUAAAAAAAAAAAAAAAAAUCAACCAGCUCUGGAUAGUAGCCUUCUAAUGAACUUUGGGUUAACACAGGCAUCGGUCUACAAUUGUUGACCUCCAUAACUGGUGAUUAUCCAUUUAGUUUAGUACUUGUAAUGAGAAAUAUAAUCUGAAGCAGUUGCAUCUGCUGCUGCAGAUGGCAAGAACUGCCACAUAAGCUUGAGAAUCUCACCCAUUGCCACCUGCCAUGAAAUAGGCUUGCAAACCAUCGCACAUGCUCUCGCGUAAAAGAUAGCAAGGUCAUAGCAGGGAUCAUCACUUUAGCCCCCAUUACUUGUGAUGAUGCCAGUCCUCCCUAGAGAGAACUCUCUUUUAGCUUUUUAGGUCUAAAUCUUUUGUUGCAAGAGGUAGAAACCUGUAGUCUGUAUGUGCAAGUAGAGUUAAAUCUAUGCAGAGUGCAAUUCUUGAGUCCAUUCUCAGGCGAAGCUGAGUCGUGCUUUAAGCUUUGCAUGGGUAAGAACUGCAGCUGGUGACUCUUAUGGGAGCUAAUAGAAACAACCAUUAAUAGCUGUCCUAGUUAUCAAAUGCUCAUACUAAUAGAGCUGGACAGUAGUUGCUUUUAUUGCAUGAUUUGUUUGAAUAUACAUAUAUUGCAUAAGGCAUUAGCACAUUGUUGAGAAUUAUAUUAAAGCUACUUCUGGCAGCCACAAGAAAGCUAUGUAACACUCGCCUAUUAUCUUUGUGUCUGGCCUGUAGCUUAGAGUAAAAAAAACAGAUGGCACCCAGGAAAUGUUAUGCUUCCAAGCACCAAUUUAUACCUGCUAUGUCUUGGCUUGCAAAAACCAGCAAACACAUCUUUGAAGUGUUUGACUGGGUUUUUAGAGGUCUGGCGAUAUCUAUGCUCUGUCGAGGCUGUACAGGUCCGGUGCUAAGGGGUUGCCAACCACUCUGUUCUAAAAGACCUGCAUAGACAAUGCAGCUGAUACUUUUAAACACAGACUGCAUUGUUCAGCAGUGCUCAGAUUACAAAUAUUCACCUUGUCGUGUAAAGCUUGGUCAACACAAAAGACCAUGAGUUAGUGACUGUUCUGACAACGUACCUUUAAAGCCUGUGUAUGCCCUGUCAGGUCUUCCACAAUUAACGUGCCAUUAAUCCGGAGCUUAGACUCAGUGAAAUCCAUUGCGCUGAAUUCACUGGCAGUUACUCCAAGAAGCAGGUCACUUUUUUUUAAGUGGAUCUCACCAUAGUACAUCUUUUCCAGACACCCAUAUAUAUUAUAGGCUGACUUGCUCUUCACUUACCUCCUUCACUGCUGCAGAGAAGGGUGUGCAUCCAUCUCCAUAGUACCUGCGUGCCUUAGUGCGACCAUGUUAAACCAGUGGGAGAGAACAAACCUUGUCUGCUUGGCGUCAGUUGAGUUUUUUAGAUACUAAAACAUUCCUGGGAUUUUAACUGUGUUUUCACGAGCUAAUCCUAUCCACAGCUUUACUCUGGUUACUAAAGACAAGUCGGGUCCCAUGUACAUGCCAUGAAAAGCAUGUUGCAGCUGAAUCCCGUGACAUUUGAAUCUGCAGCGUAGAUGAGCCCUGAGCCAGUCUGGAGUGAGGUUGCACUGAGACAUUCCUGUAAGCUUUAUUUCCGCACAGUUAACCUAGUUACAAGUCCUAGUCACUGAUUAGUACCUCAGUUUGCAAGGCCUAACCUCGCCAUGAAGCUUAGAGGCAUAUUGUACCUCACAGAUAGAUGCAGAUCAUCAAAUAUAUGAAUGGGUUGCUGUAGCUAGGAGCCUUCUGCGGUGGGAUUUAUUAUGGUGCAGAGCUGGCUGAAAAUGUUACAUUUCAUUCCCUAAACAUCCUGUUUUCUUUUCUUCAUCGAGGCCAGUAAACUAAAGCCCGCAGCUUUUGAACUGCGAAAAGAAUAGCUACUUAGCUGUGUAAUUAGAGCGAGGUUACUUUUUUGCAAAACUUGAAGCAUAGUAGAAAUCUGUAUUAAGAAACCUGGAUUUGGUAGGUCUGUGUCAUACACGUACUUUGAACUUGCGCACAAAUGUUUCGUUUCGUUUCGACCUUGAUGUAACAGUUGAGCUGUCAGUUUUCACAUCACCAUUCUCGGUGGAGUAAAAUUCACCCCGGCUGGCUGAGCAGGGCAAAGUCCUGACAUUUAUGCCACGUGGCAAACCGAGGGAGAGCAGGGUGAGCAGACGCCCCUCUGUGCCCAGGCUAUGCUGGAGCAGGCUGGCACUUCAGUGGAUCCAACGCACCAAAGCCAACCCACAUAUUGGGGCUGCAACCACUCUUCCAACCCAGAGACUUGACUGCACAGCAACCCCCAGCACCAGCCACCACCUUGUCUAACACCCUGCCAUCAGCUCGGUGCAGGGGGAUUUCACCCCAUAUGAACCCUUUAGUAUGCUAUAGGGCAGUAAAUGUUGCACUUACAGUAUGUUUAAAUACUGGUAUAUUUUGAGAAUUAUUGUAAACUCUGUUGUGGGAGCCAUUAGUUUUGCUUUGUUGCACAGAUUAUACUCAUGAUUUUUGCAUGGUUACAAUGUAGUACUUGUGCCUUUUACUCACCUGUUGUGAGUGUACCAGAUUUUUUUCCCUACAUUUUAUCUGCUAUUUUGGGCACUUUUUAUAUGUACCUUUUUUUUUUUUCAUUUGAGCUUCAUCCGUUUUUUCAUGUACUGUAAAUGUGUAUAUAUAAAAUAGAUCAGAUUUGUAUUUCAUGUGCCUCAACUGGAUGUAAAAAAAAAAAAAAAAAAAAAAAAAAAAGAAAUGACUCAUUUUGUACAGGUUUUUUUAGAAACACUAGGUCAUGUCCUAAAAUACUUAGCAAAUCAAAGUUAAAAUAAUUAGCAGUUCUCUGUCUUACUUUAGGAGCCUUGUGUCAGAUGGUCUCUUUUGUAAAGCAUUGUCACACGAACACACAAAUCUACUGCUGUCGUGUCAUUAAAAACCAGUUGUAUCUUGUUGUCAGUUUUAGUGAGUUCAAAAUAUUUAAACUGCUGACUAAAUUUAGUUAAGUCUAGAGUUGACGGUUACAGUUCUUACUCACUUUACAGGCAAGCGGUUGCUUUUUUGCUUCAAAUGAACAUCAGACAAAAUCUCCUUAAACCAAGGUGCCCGUUUGGGGUUGGUUUCGGUUGAAAUCUCAUAUCCGUUGAAAUCAAAAAUGAAGUCAUAGUGCUUCACAAAAAUUAAAAUGCUUAAAGGCUCAUCUUGUGUUCUUGGCUUUACUCUUGUUCGCUUCAGCGGGAGUUUUUCCUAAGAGAGGAUUUUAGGAUGUGCCUUUCUUUAAAGGAAUGGAGAUAACUGGAAAGCAAAUGCGAUGCUGUGACAUGGGAAUGGAAUAAGCCGUUUGCUUCCCUUAGGAAAGACCUAGGCAUGAUUUUUGUACCAAUGUAACUGCCUGUUUAUAUAGUGAAAUCAGUGCCAUUUCCUGGUGGGGAUAGAGCAUAUCAGGGGCUUAUUUCAGGAGGUUUGUGGAACUGAGCUAUGCUGCUAUAACUUACAUCCACCCAGCAGGGUUGCAUUGAUUUGCCUAUAUAUUUCUACAGAGAUGCAAUUUAAACUGGUGCAGAAAUUGUGCAGAGCUGUAAAGAACUUGCCACCCACAGCCCAUUUGUUGCUCUCACAAAUUAUUGCUGCCUCCUUCAGUUGAGAACAAUGACAUCCUGUGCGCCCAGCACACCCCCCAGGCAGCCACGUGCUCUCAGAGCUCAGUCUGACACUCAUUCACGUCAGCCCUUCCCAUUAACUUUACUGGUGCAGGGUUAAGGGCCUAAUCCAAAACCCUGUAGAAGCCAAUGGGCAAACUCUCACUGGUGGGGGAUAACUACUGAAUGCACCAGAGCAUGACAGUAAUAGGUCAAGGUUUUCUGAGCGCUUCACGGAGGCGAAUGAAUAUCAUUGAACUGCACCUUUCAGGUGUGGAGACGCAGGGAGGAUGCAUGUCCGUCUGAAGGCCGUGGCCCCAGACCAUCCGCUGCGUCCUGUGUUUCAGUGGCUUGUCUGCGUCUGACGGACAUCAGCAGCUCGUACAAACAGGCGGCAAACAAACGGCAGCGUGCUCCAAAACCGUAAGAUUUACAAAGCACGACUCUUCCAGUUCCCGACGAGCAGAAAUCUUUGAAUGAACCUGUCACCUGCUUUGCUGACGAAUGAGAGUAAAAAUACUUUAAAAACAGGGGGGUGGCGAUGUUAUUUAUUUUCCAAUUUGAAAGAUUGCUUGGUGGGAAAAAAAACUAAUGAAACCCAUCCGCUCACUACUGAAAUGCCUCAAACGGGCAGCUGACUAAUGCUGCGUCUGACUGUUUUUUUUUGGUAUCAUCCUGUUAAUUAUGACACAAUUAAGUGAUAUAAAUAUUGUUGCAGUGUGUCACCAGAUCCCUUCCCCUGUAUUUUCUUGUGACAUAUUUUAUGGGGGGUGGGGAGGUUAUUGCUAACGUGGAUCCUUACAAGUAGCUGUAAUGUUGUACAAACAAAUGUGUAAAUAAAUGAUUUGCUUCUCCUGCAUGACUAAAAUCUUGUCU